AUGCAUGGCAUGAGCAGGAAUCGACAAAGCGUGAAAGAGGAUAAGAAAGGAAGAAAGGAGGAAGAAGAGAAGGAGAAAAGAGAGAGGGAUUCCGCAAGAGACAGAGAGAGAGAGAGAGAGUGUGUGUGUGUGUGUGUGAGAGAGAGUUGUCUGAGAGGGAGUCUGAGAGAGGUAGACUCUUGA